AUGCAAAAGUUCAAGGGUCAUUACAAACAAGUGGUAUCAUUGAAGAAAAGUGGUUGCAUGAAUAAUGAUGUCAUGCUUCAUGCUUCAUGCUUCAUGCUUCAUGCAUAUGCCAUUUGGAAGGAAGACGAAGGAAGACAUUUUGGUUUGGAGCAUGGUUGGCGACUACUAAAAGAUCAAUCGAAAUGGUUAGACCACUUUACUGACAAUGGCUUUAAAAGGAUGAAGAUUUUCGCAUAUGGGGCGUAUUCAUUGUUAUCUAAUCCAGAAACACCGGUAGAAGAUUUUGAAGCUGGCACACAAUCUCGAAUUGUUCGUCCAAUGGGUCAAAAGGCAACCAAAAGGAAGAGCAAGGGGAAAGGAGUAGGAACAUCUAUCAAUCCCAUGGACUUGACUGGUGUGGAGGAAGUAAUGAGGGAAAUAAAUGUUUUCAAUGCCAGACUAGCAGACUUAAGGGAGAAAGAAUUGGAAAAGGAGUACUACGACAUUCUAAUGAAGGACACAUCUACAAUGUCCGAAAGUCAACUCUAA